AUGAUAUCUAUAAACGUUAUAGUAAAUGAGUUCUUCAAGAUCGUGCAAUCAUUAGGAUCCCCAUCCCUGGUGCAAUGGAUACUGCGUGUGUUAAGCAUUUUCCAAGCAGUGUUUCAAGCUGGUUGGCCUGAAAACUACGAGCUAUCAGAUGGUGAUCGAUUCGACUUCAUUGUGGUCGGGAGUGGGUCAGCAGGCGCUGUGGUUGCUGCUCGGCUUUCAGAAAUACCAGAGUUCAAAGUACUGCUCAUCGAGGCUGGGGGAGACCCACCACCUACAAGCGUGAUACCCGGUUUCUUUCCAACUCUUCAAGGCACAGAAUAUGACUGGAAUUACAAAGCCUAUUUUGAUGAGGACGUUGGCAAGGCACACCCGGGCGGAUACAUAAACUAUUCUCGAGGUAAAGUACUUGGAGGCUGUUCGUCUACCAACUACUUAAUAUACUCACGAGGUAAACCUGAGGAUUAUGAGAAUUGGAACCGUAUAGCACCUGGCUGGGACUGGGAGACAGUACUGUAUUAUUUCAAGAAGUUAGAAGACAUGAAGGAUCCAGUAAUCUUUAAGUAUCCACAAAAUGCCCGGCUUCAUUCAACGACUGGACGUGUGAAAGUUUCCAGACCGGAACCUUUGCCAUCAACUGUAGCUAUAGACAACAGCAGGUUACAAUCUUACGAAGAAAUGGGUAUACCGCGAGUUCUGGAGAUAAAUGGGCCAGAAAUCGAGGGAGCCGCUAGACCACAUUUCACUUUUUAUGAUGGGAGGAGAUCUAGUACAGCAGAAGCUUACUUAAGGCCAGCAAAAGACAGAAUUAAUCUAAAAGUUGCCAAGUAUUCCACAGUUACUAAAGUAUUAAUAGAUCCUAGCACUUUGCGUGCGUAUGGUGUGCAGGUGUAUACAUCUAGUAAGAAACUUAUCAAUGUGUACGCUACCGAAGAGAUUAUUAUUUCUGCUGGUACAUUUAAUAGUCCAAAAAUCCUCCUACAAUCAGGAAUAGGACCUAAAGAGGAAUUGUCAAAGUUUCAUAUAAAAACAUUGGUAGAUCUUCCAGUUGGUAAAAAUUUACACGAUCACCAAACUAUACAAUUGAUUUAUAAAGGCAAGCGUGGAUUGGAGACGGGAUUCCAAAAUAUAAUAGCUGCUCCACACUUAGAUACCUUACCUGCACCAGUUCAAUGUGGUUAUUUUAGAAUAAACGAUAGUGAGUGCCAGUACCCUUCCAAAUUACAACCACAAAUACAAUUCUUCAACACAUACAUUGGAGCAGGAGCUUCAGCUGUUAUCCUUAUAGCAUGUAAAACAAUAGCUAAUUUUGAAGAAAAACUUUGCCUUGGGCAAGCAGCUAGUAACGUUUUUGACGAAGUAGAUAAUGUUUUACUUGUUCUUCUACAUCCUCUAUCUAGAGGGCAAGUGAAACUACGAAGUACAGAUCCCCUGGACGAUCCAUUGAUUGAGUUGGGUUAUUUUAGAAAUAAAAAUGAUUUGAAGAUAGCUGCGGCGGGGGUGAAACGUAUGAAUACUUUAAUAAACACAACAUACUUUAGAAACGUAGGGGGAAGUAUUCCCAGACUGAGUAUUACUGCGUGUGAACAUAUAGAAUGGGGUACUGAUGACUUUUGGGAAUGUUAUGCUAAGAAUACCGUAGCGUCUUUGAUGCAUGCUGUCGGUACUUGUUGGAUGGGAGAGGACGGUGUUGUGGACGAGAGACUGAGGGUACAUCAUGUUGCUAAUCUAAGAGUUGUAGAUGCAUCUGUUAUCCCAUUAAUACCCAGUGGCAACACUAACACUCCAGUUAUGAUGAUAGGAGAGAAAGCAGCUGAUAUGAUCAAGGCAGACUUUUAUAAGCGCAAUAUUGUGUAA